AAAAAAAAUAUCUGGUAUAAUUGUGAAGCAAAUUUUGUUAGUGUACUUGAUUUUGUGUAACUGUAAAUUUUUUUAAAAAAGUAUGAAUCGGACUCGCAAAAAAAUUAUUCGCCCAAAAAAUCCAUAUUCAAGUGCAAAUUUUUUUUCACGAUGGAGUUUUUGGUGGAUGAAAGAUAUCUUUUGUCGUGGUUUAAAAGGUCCACUAGAAGACGAGGAGUUAUACCAACAUCGUAAAAAUUUAGAUAGUGAACGAGUAACGGAGAAAUUUGCCCGUUUAUGGGAGGAAGAGCGUCAACGUAAAAAUCCAAGUGUUGUGCGUAUGAUAAUUAAAGCAUAUGGAUCAGUGUUUUUACCAUUGGGAAUUUUAUAUUCAAUUUGUGAAUCUAUAACCAAAGCUUUGCAGCCACUGUUCCUGGGAGGAUUGGUAGCUUAUUUUGCAAAUGGACAAACCGCAAUAAGCGAAAAAAGUGCAUAUCUUUUUGCCGGUGGUAUAGUUUUGUGUUCAAUAGUGCCGGUGCUAACAUUCCAUCCAUUCAUAUUCUACAUAUUUCAAGUGGGCACAAAAAUUCGUUUAGCCCUGUCAGGAUUGAUAUAUCGCAAGUGUUUGCAAAUUUCAAAAAGUGCCAGCAAUGAUGGCUUACGCGGGCGUGCUAUCAAUAUAUUAUCGAAUGAUUUGGGAAGAUUUGACGUGGCUUUAUGUUUUCUACACGACAUUUGGAAAGGGCCCAUCGAAUCACUGAUUAUUGGUUAUUUAAUGUACCGAGAAAUAGGUAUGUCGGCUGUGAUUGGCGUGGCUUUCAUGUUGAGCUUUAUUCCUUUGCAAGCAUGGGCAGCUAAAAAAGCUGCUUAUUAUAGACAAAGGACAGCGGAACGCACAGAUCUGCGCGUAAAACUAAUGAACGAAAUUAUACAAGGUAUACAAGUAAUAAAAAUGUAUGCGUGGGAAAAAUCAUUUGCCAAGGUUGUAGCUCAAGUUAGAUUGAAGGAAGUGAAAGCUAUACGAGGAACGUCGUAUAUACACGCUGCUCUAAGUUGUACAUCCAUGAUAUCUCCUCUUUCGGUGUUUCUGGCAUUGGUUUCCUAUGUAUAUAUGGGCGAUACUUUGACUGCAAAACGAGUAUAUACAGUGUCAUCAUAUUUCAAUAUGUUAAAUGAUUCAAUGGUACAUUUCUGGCCCCUAUCUAUAACAUUUAUUGCCGAGGCUUGUGUCUCAGCUAGGAGAUGCAAAGAAUUUCUACUGGACGGUGACCAAGCUGAAGCUCCAUUGAACUUGGAAAAAAAAUCCAAAAAGAAAAAGGCGAAAAAAUCUCAAAAUAAAGACCAAAAUAAAAAUACAGUAGACAAGCUAGAUUUUAUAGGCAGCCGUAUAAAAGCGACUUCCGAAUCUAGUCCGGUGCGAAAUGUAAGGACAUUAAAUAUCAAUGCUGAGUCCAAGGGAGUGACACUACGUAGUGCAACCGCAACAUGGGAUAGUGAGAGUUCGCAAGGUUACGCAAGUCCAGCAAUAUCAAAUUUAAAUGUAGAAAUCAAUGAUAAAACGUUGGCUGCCAUCGUUGGCCCCGUGGGUUCAGGUAAAUCUACUUUUCUUAAUGUUCUUUUAGGAGAAGUUCAACUAGACUCUGGCGAAGUUUUGGUAAACGGCAAAGUAUCAUACAGCUCCCAAGAACCUUGGGUUUUUGAGGGAACAAUUCGAGAUAACGUUGUCUUUGUUGAAGAUUAUAAUGAAAGACGCUAUAAGCGUGUCUUAAAAGUGUGCGCUCUAGAAAGAGACCUUGAGUUACUUCCGCGAGGAGAUUUGACAAUAGUUGGGGAGCGCGGCGUUAGUCUUAGUGGUGGACAGAAAGCUCGCAUAAAUUUAGCAAGAGCUGUUUAUCGUAAAGCCGAUAUCUACCUUUUAGACGACCCCUUAUCAGCCGUAGAUACGCAUGUUGGAAAGCACAUUUUCGAGAGAUGUAUCAAUGAUUUCUUGUCGUCUAAAGUUCGAAUUUUAGUUACUCAUCAGUUGCAGUAUUUGUUCGACGUCGAGCACCUGUUGUUAAUGGGAUCAGGGCGAAUUGUGGCUCAAGGUAGUUAUCAGGAACUACAAAGGUCUAAGCAAUUUCAAUUCUUGGCUCAAACCCAUCAUGAAUGUGGUGGUGGAGACACAGCGGGUGAUGAAGUAAGUGUUACCAGUCACUUAUCAAGAAGUGAUUCAGAGAAAAGCAUGGAGCAUUAUUACCAUUUACUACGGCCGGACGAGAAACCUGUUGAAGAUGUUAAUAAAGAAGCUCAAGCUGUGGGAUCUGUUAAACUUGAUGUUUAUCUUUCAUACUUUAAAGCCCUCGAAAGCACAUUUAUAUUAAUCCUUAUAGUUGGACUGUUUAUAUGUGCCCGCAUAAUGCUGAAUGGUGUCGAUUACUUUUUAUCGCGAUGGGUUAUUUGGGAAGAAAAUAAAGAUUCAUCUUAUGUUGGUGCAAAUAGUUCUGUCGCUGAUGUUCUGACUACGAAUGACACAAUUUUGGAUACUACAUUCGAUAGUGAUUUUCAAGAAAAACAAAAUGAAAGACAAAAACGAGUCAUUAUUUAUUCAUCAAUGUUGGGUGCUACCUUGGUUGUGUAUUUGUUACGGACUUUUGGAUUUUUCCGAAUGUGUUUGCGAAUCUCUCUAAAGUUACACGAUCGUCUGUUUCGGGGUAUUACGCGUACUAGCAUGUACUUUUUUAAUACAAACUCUUCAGGUCGCAUUUUAAAUCGCUUUUCAAAAGAUAUCCGAACUGUGGAUGCAGAUUUACCCCACACCUUAAUGGAUUGCUUAUCUUUCGCCAUCGAUGCCUCGGGUGUACUAAUUAUUGUAGCGAUUGCCAAUUAUUGGCUAUUGGUACCUGCUGUUGUAAUUGUAAUUUGUCUUGUGGGUAUAAGAUUUCUCUAUGUGAACACAAGUCGUAGUGUUAAACGUCUGGAAUCGAUUUCUCGCAGCCCAGUCUACUCUCUAACCAAUCAGUCCUUUCAAGGUCUAACAACAAUUAGAGCAUUGGAAGCGGAAUCAGCAUUAGAGUCAGAAUUUCAUGACUACUUGAAUGCGAAUACGUCGGCAUGGUUCUUGUUUCUGUCUUGUACUAGAGCAUUUGCUUUAUGGACAGACAUCAUUUGUGUUUUCUAUAUAACUGUCGUCACCUUUAGUUUUCUAUUACUGGGCUCGGAAUUCAACAGUGGAGAUGUCGGUCUGGCCAUUUUGCAUUCAAGUACUAUGAUUGGUAUGUGUCAGUGGGGUAUGCGCCAGACGGCAGAAUUAGAGAAUCAAAUGACUAGUGUUGAGCGUGUACUGGAGUAUACUGAGCAGCCACCAGAACCACCAAUGGAAACAUUAGAUAAAUUUAAACCUAAAUGUGUAUGGCCAAGUAAAGGGCGAAUCGAAUUUAUUAACUUCAAAUUGAAAUAUAAUCCAAAAGAAUCGUAUGUCUUGAAAGAUCUCAACUUUAACAUUGAAUCAAAUGAGAAAGUCGGUAUUGUGGGAAGAACAGGAGCUGGUAAAUCAUCUAUAAUCCAAGCAAUAUUUCGGUUAGCAUACAAUGAAGGCACAAUUCGCAUUGACAAUGUGAACAUUGAACAAUUGGGACUUUAUGAUUUGAGAAGUAACAUUUCCAUUAUACCACAAGAUCCAGUACUGUUUUCGGGUACUUUACGCUACAAUCUGGAUCCAUUAGAAGUGUGCAAUGAUGUGGAUAUGUGGAAAGCGCUAGAAGAUGUCGAAUUAAGAGGUCAUGUCUCAACACUCAUUGGUGGCUUAAACUGUCGCAUGUAUGAUGGUGGUUCAAACUUUAGUGUAGGCCAAAGACAACUGGUUUGCUUAGCAAGAGCUAUUCUGAGAAAAAAUAAAAUAUUAAUUUUAGAUGAAGCUACAGCCAACGUAGACCCAGAAACCGAUAAACUUAUACAAAAAACUAUACGAACGAAAUUUUCGGAUUGUACCGUACUAACCAUAGCCCAUCGUUUACACACUGUUAUGGAUAGUGAUAGAGUUUUAGUCAUGGAUGCUGGGCAAGCGGUUGAACUGGGUCAUCCCUUUGAAUUAUUACAAAAACCUGGUGGUUUCCUGCGUACCCUAGUCGACCACACCGGUCUAGCGACAGCUGCGGCCCUAUUUCAAGCUGCCGAGGAAAACUAUAAGUUAAAAUUCAAUGGAACUGAUUCCAAGAAACUAACAACGAUACAGAAAAUCAAUAAAAUGAAUAAAUCACAAGAAAACACUGAACGUAAACCAAAUCCUGUUUUACAAGCAAAUUUCUUAUCAAAGUGGUUCUUCUGGUGGACGCGCGAAACCUUUCGUAAAGGCUAUAGAGAACAAUUGGAUGCCGACGAUCUGUACGAACACAUUCCCACUUUGGAUAGUAAAAAUGUCUCGUUUGCACUUAUCAAGCAUUGGGAAAGAGAGGUUCGUCGAAAGAAGCCCAAUUUGUUGCAUAUGAUAUUUAGAGCGUAUGGCUGGAAAUUUGUUCCGGUUUGCAUUUUAUAUUCAAUUUUGGAAAUUUCUAUACAUUGUUCUCAGCCAUUGUUCCUGGGUGGCUUGGUGUCCUUUUUUUCCGAGGGUCAAACGGACGUAAGCAAGAAUCAGGCGUAUCUCUAUGCGACUGGCAUUGUUCUAUGUUCGCUCGUAUCGACGCUAUGUUUCCAUCCUUUUAUGUUCUACCUGUUUGAAACGGGGACUCGUAUACGCUUGGCUUGUUCUGGUUUAGUUUAUCGGAAAUGUUUGCGUUCAUCGGUAACCGCUGAGAAUAGUGGAAUGAGUGGUUUUGCUAUAGCUGUUCUUUCAACGGAUUUGCCUCAAUUUGAUAUGACGUUUUAUUUUUUCCAUGAUUUAUGGAAGGGACCCAUUGAGGCAUGCAUCAUGGGUUAUAUAAUGUAUUUAGAAAUUGGUUGGCCUGCGAUUGUUGGCUUGGCUUCCAUUAUAAUUUUUAUACCACUGCAAGCAUGGGCUGCUAAAGCCGCUGCAAACUUUAGACACGAGUCGUCCGAACAUGGGGACGAUCGUGUUAAAUUAAUGAGUGAAAUAAUAACAGCUAUGCAGGUAAUAAAAAUGUAUGCCUGGGAAAAAUCGUUUGCGAAACUGAUUUCACUGAUACGUAAGAAAGAAAUAAAAGCCAUCAGGGGAUCCAUGAACAUCUAUGCUGCUCUGCAAUGUACCGAAAUGAUUUCAAAGCUAGCUCUUUUUCUGAGCUUGGUGUCAUAUGUGUAUACUGGUGAAAUAGUGACUGCAAAGAAGGUGUUCAUUAUUUCGUCGUACUAUGAAGUUUUAAACGAUUCCCUAUUGCACUUUUGGCCAUUGGCAGUUACAACCUGGGCAGAAACGACGGUAUGUGCUCGCCGUGUGGUGAUGUUUCUCAUGCAGAGUGAAGAUCCAGCAGACGGAGGUUUAGAGAACUUUGGAAUUGACGAUGACGAUGAGAAAGGAAAUUUCAGUGGUCGCGUUCACAAUCCCAGAGCUAUUAAAAAGGGAGUAAUUCUACAUAAAUUAUCCGCUAGUUGGGAUAAAGUUGAGUCGGAUAAACGCCGCAGCCACAUUGAAAAUGUAAAUGCCCACAUUCACGAACACGAAUUCGUUGGUAUUGUUGGCAAUGUUGGUUCUGGCAAGACUACAUUGCUGAAUGCCAUACUUGGAGAAUUGGAAAUCAUACAAGGCAAUGUUGAAGUAAACGGUGUUUUAAGUUAUGCUCCGCAAGAAGCAUGGAUUUUCGAAUCCAGUAUACGAGAGAAUAUUCUGUUUGUCGAAAAAUAUGAUGAGGCUCGCUAUAGGGCCGUUUUACAUGCCUGUGAGCUGGAACGAGAUAUUUCGCUUUUCCCACAUGGCGAUUCAACAAUAGUGGGAGAACGCGGUAUAAGCUUAAGUGGCGGACAAAAGGCUCGCAUAAGUUUAGCUCGGGCUGUUUAUCGCCAGGCUGAUAUUUACAUAUUCGACGAUCCUCUCUCAGCUGUUGACUCUUAUGUUGGCAAACGAUUGCUAGAUCGAUGUUUUAAAAGAUUUCUAUCUGAUAAAAUUCGAGUGUUGGUGACACAUCAUGUUCAGCAUCUAAAGGACACCGAUCGUUUGAUCUUAAUGGAAAAUGGAACUGCCGCUGAGCAGGGGUCGUAUGAAACACUGAAGACGACAAUUCGCUUUAGAGUACACUUGGAACACGAAUACGGUGAUCAGAAAACAAAUCUUCAACACGCCGACAGCAUAAUUGACAAAGAGAGAGAAGAUAAGGUCAUAACACAUGAGAAAUUGUCUCAAAAUGCUGAAUACAAAGGAGAGGACCGUAAAGAACUUCAAAUGCAGGGGUCUGUCAAAUUGCACACAUAUUUAGCCUACUUAUAUGCAUUAGGAAUGCCAUGGCUAAUUAUUUUUAUAUUUGUACUCUUCAUAUUGGCCCGCGCUUGUCAAGCUACAAUGGAUAUUUUCAUAUCGAAGUGGGCUACUUGGGAAGAAACUUUGCCCAUGUCACACGAAACCUAUUCCGAAUACAGUGCCAAGCGAACACGUCUCGUGGUAGUCUAUACAAUCUUCAUUAUUUGCACUUUGGUGCUGUACAUCAUGCGUACUUUUGGCUUUUUUAUAAUCAGUUUAAAAAUCUCAUUACGUUUGCACGACAGCCUCUUCAAUGGCAUUAUACGCGCAUGCAUUUAUUUCUUCCACACAAAUCCGUCUGGUCGUAUUUUAAAUCGUUUUUCUAGUGAUAUCACCAACAUAGAUGUGGCAUUACCACAGGCCAUGUUAGACUCUUUAGAGUUCUUUGUCAACUCAUUUGCUGUUCUGGUUAUUGUGGCUAUUGCAAACUAUUGGCUCUUAAUACCGGCCUUUAUAAUGAUAUUAUUGCUGUAUUUUUGUCGUGGUCUUUAUAUCGGAGCGAGUCGCAGCUUAAAAAGGAUUGAAGUCAUGUCAAGAAGUCCUGUAUAUUCUCAUACUAACCAAACGUUCCAAGGAUUGACAACAAUAAGAGCUUUAAAUGCCACACGUCAUUUGGAACAUGAGUUUCAUGGCCUGCAAAAUAAGAACACCUCAGCUCUUUACCUAUAUGUUACCUCGAAUAGAGCUUUUGCAUUUUGGACUGAUUUGAUUUGCGUUUUAUAUAUUUUGGCAGUGACAUUCAGUUUUCUUCUGAUCGAUCGAAAUUUCUACAGUGGUGACGUUGGCCUUGCCAUUACCCAAUCCAUGACAUUGGUGAUAAUGUGUCAGUGGGGUAUGAGGCAAACAGCCGAAAUGGAAAAUAACAUGACUAGUGUCGAACGAGUUAUAGAGUAUGCUGAAACUCCAUCAGAGCCGGCAUUGGAGACGGAUCCUUUAGUUGAAUUGCCCGAAUCGUGGCCCACUGCAGGACGCAUGGUCUUCAAUAAUUUGCGACUCCGGUAUUCUGAAAAGAGUGAUUACGUUUUGAAAGGCCUGAAUUUCUCUAUAAAUUCUAUGGAAAAGAUUGGCAUAGUAGGACGAACUGGUGCGGGAAAAUCUUCGAUUAUACAGGCCAUAUUUCGUUUGGCUAAAAACGAAGGUAUUAUCGAUAUAGAUGGCCACGACAUUGAAGAGUUAGGGCUGCAUGACUUGCGUAGUCGUAUUUCGAUUAUACCGCAAGAUCCAAUACUAUUUUCGGGCACUUUACGUUACAAUCUUGAUCCAUUCGAACAAAAGACCGAUGACGAAAUAUGGAAUGCUUUAGAAGACGUUAAAUUAAAGCCAUACAUUAAAACAUUAGACGGAGGACUGUCGUCUCGCAUGUACGAUGGCGGAUCCAAUUUCAGUAUGGGUCAACGUCAGCUAGUAUGCAUGGCUAGAGCAAUUUUAAGACACAAUAAAAUUCUUAUAAUGGAUGAAGCCACUGCCAAUGUCGACCCGGAAACUGAUAAACUCAUCCAAGAAGCUAUACAUACUAAAUUCGCCAAAUGCACUGUCCUUACAAUUGCCCACCGACUGCACACUGUUAUGGACAACGAUAGAGUUUUGGUAGUGGAUGCAGGCGAUGUAGUCGAAUUGGGUCAUCCCUUCGAGUUGUUGCAAAACCCUAAAGGUUACUUGUAUAAGUUUGUCGAAAAGACUGGUGCUGGUACAGCUCAAUAUUUAACACGUCUUGCGGAGGAAAGCUAUCGUAAGCGUGUGGGCGACAAAAAUCUAAACGAUUAAUUGAGUGGCUUUGUUAAAUUUUCUUCACGAGAGAUCAAGAUUUAUUUCUUUAUUAUUGUUGAAAAUAAUUAAGAAGAUUUGUUUUAAGACUUAAGCAUUACAUUUUAAUAAUUAAUUGAGAGACUGGUUUUUAUGUUAAAAUUUUGUAUAAAAUCUAUGUAGAUACGGUAUGUGUACAAUUUGGAAUUAGAAUAAGUAAGUAUUCAUGUAAGUUUUUUUUUUUUUAACUUGCAUAUUCAUAAAUUUGUAGAUACAUAUGUAUGUAUGUAUGCAUAGGUAUAUUAGGAUAUAUGUACAUUUAGAAAAUUGUUUAAAUAGUAUAUCAAAAUGGUUUUCGCUCCGAUCUUCACCGUCAAUCAAUAUGAAACUUAUGUAUGUAUAUAUUUUGAUAUUCAUAGAUUUUAUUUAUUUAUUAUUUAUGUACUAAUAUAUGUACAUAUAAAAUACUUAAUUAACUAAACAAAAUGUUUUAGCAUUAUUGUUUUUAUUUUGUUUAAGCUAAAUAAAUAUAUGUAUUUAAAAGAGCUUUUUGAGAUACA